AUGGCGCUGACGCCCGGGAGGGGGCCCUCGGCGGGGCUCGUCCGACCCGAGCUCUGGCUGCUGCUGUGGGCAGCCGCGUGGCGCCUGGGUGCCACCGCGUGCCCCGCCCUCUGCACCUGCACCGGCACCACGGUGGACUGCCACGGCACGGGGCUGCAGGCCAUCCCAAAGAACAUCCCACGGAACACGGAGCGCCUGGAACUCAACGGCAACAACAUCACUCGGAUCCAUAAAAAUGACUUUGUGGGACUCAAGCAGCUGCGGGUGCUGCAGCUGAUGGAGAACCAGAUUGGAGUGGUAGAGCGGGGGGCUUUCGACGACAUGAAGGAGCUGGAGCGGCUACGACUGAACCGGAACCAGCUGCACAGUUUGCCAGAACUGCUGUUCCAGAAUAACCAGGCUCUGUCGAGGCUGGACCUGAGUGAGAACACCAUCCAGGCCAUCCCCAGGAAAGCCUUUCGUGGAGCUACAGACCUCAAAAAUUUACAGCUGGACAAGAACCAGAUUAGCUGCAUCGAGGAAGGGGCCUUCCGGGCUCUGCGGGGGCUGGAGGUGCUGACCCUGAACAACAACAACAUCACCACCAUCCCCGUGUCCAGCUUCAACCACAUGCCCAAGCUGCGGACCUUCCGCCUGCACUCCAACCACCUGUUCUGUGACUGCCACCUGGCCUGGCUCUCCCAGUGGCUGAGGCAGCGGCCAACCAUCGGGCUCUUCACCCAGUGCUCGGGCCCCGCCAGCCUGCGUGGCCUCAAUGUAGCCGAGGUCCAGAAGAGUGAGUUCAGCUGCUCAGGAGAAGCGGGCCGAGUGCCUUCCUGCACCCUGUCCUCUGGCUCCUGCCCGGCCAUGUGCACCUGCAGCAAUGGCAUUGUGGACUGUCGUGGCAAAGGCCUCACCGCCAUCCCCGCCAACCUGCCUGAGAGCAUGACAGAGAUCCGCCUGGAGCUCAAUGGGAUCAAGUCCAUCCCUCCCGGAGCCUUCUCUCCCUACAGAAAACUGCGGAGGAUAGACCUGAGCAACAACCAGAUUGCAGAGAUCGCUCCCGAUGCCUUCCAGGGCCUCCGCUCCCUGAACUCGCUGGUCCUGUAUGGGAACAAGAUCACAGACCUCCCCCGGGGUGUGUUUGGAGGCCUGUACACCCUACAGCUCCUGCUCUUGAACGCCAACAAGAUCAACUGUGUCCGGCCCGAUGCCUUCCAGGAUCUGCAGAACCUCUCGCUCCUCUCCCUGUAUGACAACAAGAUCCAGAGUCUCGCCAAGGGCACCUUCACCUCCCUGCGGGCCAUCCAGACCCUGCACCUGGCACAGAACCCUUUCAUCUGCGACUGUAACCUCAAGGGGCUGGCAGACUUCCUGCGCACCAACCCCAUUGAGACGAGCGGGGCCCGCUGUGCCAGCCCCCGGCGCCUCGCCAACAAGCGCAUCGGGCAGAUCAAGAGCAAGAAGUUCCGGUGCUCAGGCACGGAGGAUUACCAGCUGAACAGCGAGUGCAACAGCGACGUGGUCUGUCCCCACAAGUGCCGCUGUGAGGCCAGCCUGGUGGAGUGCUCCAGCCUGAAGCUCACCAAGAUCCCUGAGCGCAUCCCCCAGUCCACGGCCGAGCUACGAUUAAACAACAAUGAGAUUUCCAUCCUGGAAGCCACUGGGAUAUUUAAAAAACUCACUCAUCUGAAGAAGAUCAAUCUGAGCAACAACAAGGUGUCCGAAAUCGAAGAUGGGGCCUUCGAGGGUGCGGGCUCUGUGAGCGAGCUGCACCUGACCGCCAACCAGCUGGAGUCCAUCCGGAGCGGCAUGUUCCGAGGCCUGGACGGCUUGAGGACGCUGAUGCUGAGGAACAACCGCAUCAGCUGCAUCCACAACGACAGCUUCACGGGCCUGCGCAACGUCCGCCUGCUCUCGCUCUACGACAACCAGAUCGCCACCAUCUCCCCUGGGGCCUUCGACACCCUGCAGGCCCUCUCCACGCUAAACCUUCUGGCCAACCCUUUCAACUGCAACUGUCAGCUGGCCUGGCUGGGGGACUGGCUGCGGAGGAGGAAGAUUGUGACAGGGAACCCGCGGUGCCAGAACCCAGACUUCCUGCGGCAGAUCCCCCUGCAGGACGUGGCCUUCCCUGACUUCAGGUGUGAGGAAGGCCAGGAGGAGGGGGGCUGCCUGCCCCGCCCCCAGUGCCCCCAGGAAUGUGCCUGCCUGGACACGGUGGUCCGAUGCAGCAACAAGCACCUCCAGGUCCUGCCGAAAGGCAUCCCCAAGAAUGUCACGGAACUUUACUUGGAUGGGAACCAGUUCACACUGGUUCCGGGACAGCUGUCUACCUUCAAGUACCUGCAGCUUGUGGACUUGAGUAACAACAAGAUCAGUUCCUUGAGCAAUUCCUCCUUCACCAACAUGAGCCAGCUGACCACUCUAAUUCUCAGCUACAACGCCCUCCAGUGCAUCCCUCCACUGGCCUUCCAGGGGCUGCGCUCCCUGCGCCUGCUGUCCCUGCAUGGCAAUGACAUCUCCACCCUCCAAGAGGGCAUCUUCACAGACGUGACCUCCCUGUCUCACCUGGCCAUUGGUGCCAACCCUCUGUACUGUGACUGCCACCUCCGCUGGCUGUCUGGCUGGGUGAAGACGGGCUAUAAGGAACCGGGCAUUGCCCGCUGUGCUGGGCCCCCGGACAUGGAGGGCAAGCUGCUCCUCACCACGCCUGCCAAGAAGUUUGAAUGCCAAGGUCCCCCCGCGCUGGCUGUCCAGGCCAAGUGUGAUCCCUGCUUGUCCAGCCCGUGCCAGAACCAGGGCACUUGCCAUAAUGAUGCCCUUGAGGCGUACAGGUGUGUCUGCUCCAGCGGCUAUAAGGGCCGUGACUGCGAGGUGUCCCUGGACAGCUGUUCCAGCAGCCCCUGUGGAAACGGCGGGACCUGCCACCCGCGGCAGGGCGAGGAUGCUGGGUUCACGUGUUCCUGUCCCACUGGCUUUGAAGGACCGACCUGUGAGGUGAAUACGGACGACUGUGUGGAGCACACAUGUGCCAACGGGGGCACCUGUGUGGAUGGCGUGGGCAACUACACCUGCCAGUGCCCCCUGCAGUAUGCGGGUAAGGCCUGUGAGCAGCUGGUGGACUUCUGUUCUCCAGAUUUGAACCCGUGUCAGCACGGAGCCCAGUGCGUGGGUACUCCAGAUGGGCCCAGGUGUGAGUGCGCAUCAGGUUACGCAGGUAACAACUGCAGUGAGAACCAGGAUGACUGCGGGGACCACCGCUGCCAGCAUGGGGCCCGGUGUGUGGAUGGAGUCAACAGCUACUCUUGCCUCUGUGCCGAAGGCUACAGUGGGCAGUUCUGUGAGACCCCUCCCCGCCCACCUGCCCCCAGAAGCCCCUGCGAGGGGACUGAGUGCCAGAAUGGAGCCAACUGUGUGGACCAGGGCAGCGGGCCGGUGUGCCAGUGCCUUCCAGGUUUCGGCGGCCCCGAGUGUGAGAAGUUGCUCAGUGUUAACUUUGUGGAUCGGGACACCUACCUGCAGUUCACCGAUCUGCAGAACUGGCCACGGGCCAACAUCACGCUGCAGGUCUCCACGGCAGAGGACAACGGGAUCCUGCUGUACAAUGGGGACAAUGACCACAUCGCAGUGGAGCUGUACCAGGGUCAUGUGCGUGUCAGCUACGACCCAGGCAGCUACCCCAGCUCUGCCAUCUACAGUGCUGAGACGAUCAAUGACGGGCAGUUCCACACUGUUGAGCUAGUCACCUUUGACCAGAUGGUGAAUCUCUCCAUCGAUGGAGGCAGUCCCAUGACCAUGGACAACUUUGGCAAACACUACACACUAAACAGCGAGGCCCCCCUCUACGUGGGAGGGAUGCCAGUGGAUGUGAACUCGGCUGCCUUCCGCCUGUGGCAGAUCCUCAACGGCACAAGCUUCCACGGUUGCAUCCGAAACCUGUACAUUAACAACGAACUGCAGGACUUCACCAAGACGCGGAUGAAGCCAGGCGUGGUGCCAGGCUGUGAGCCCUGCCGAAAGCUCUACUGCCUGCAUGGCAUCUGCCAGCCCAAUGCCACCCCUGGGCCCGUGUGCCAUUGUGAGGCGGGCUGGGGGGGCCUACACUGUGACCAGCCAGCCGACGGCCCCUGCCAUGGCCACAAGUGUGUCCACGGGCAAUGUAUGCCCCUCGACGCUCUCUCCUACAGCUGCCAGUGCCAGGAUGGGUACUCGGGGGCUCUGUGCAACCAGGCUGGGGCACCUGUAGACCCCUGCGGGGGACUGCAGUGCCUGCAUGGCCACUGCCAGGCCUUGGCCACCAAAGGGGCACACUGUGUGUGUGACCCAGGCUUUUCGGGCGAGCUGUGUGAGCAAGAUUCCUUCUCUAUUGUUCUCGCCUCCCCAGUCUCCAGCCUCCUCUUGCACUCUUCCAGCAACUGGGAGCCCACUUACCUGACAGCCUACUUCUGUCCUGGAGGGCCCUGGCAGCUAGAAAGUUCUUCCUACUGA